CCUGCUUCUCCCGCCCUCCCCGCCCACUCCAACCCUCACGAGGCCGGACUGCGCUGCUCCUCCAGCUGUCUGAGCAGAGCGAGCCCCCAUGGCGCUGAGGAUAAUCCUCCUCCUUUCUGUUGGUGGAGUUCUGGGCUGGGAAGAAAACAAGCUUCUCUCAGUGGAGGAAUGCUGUAAUCUUGGGAGGGCAACUGCCAUCAGAGAGCAUGACUGUGCAGCUCAGAAGGUCCUCACCUCUGCCAUGUGCAGCAUCAUCCAGGAACAGUGCUGUCGAGCAUCGGCGGGGGAAAUGGCCUGCAAAGGUGGUAUCAAGAUGGCACGGGGGCAGGGGGCUUGCGAGAGGGCCUUCUUCACCGGAUUCGACUGGCAAACCCUGAUAUCACAGAUCUGCUGUGACUGCUGCACGCUCGGACUGAUGGUUGCGAAAAACGGCUGGAGCUGCGACUUCCGCGGCCUGCAGCUGGAGAAGCAGUGUUCGGAUGCGGCCAAGAGCUGCUGCGACCAACCCAAAGAAAUCAGACCUACCAUAAAAGUACCAGAAGAGCCGAAAAAGUUCACCACCCCGCCUCCUCAGAUGACGAGGUCAUGCCGAGAUGCUAACUGCUCCCAGUUGUGCUUAGAGAAUGGAAUGUGCGCCUGUCGGGAGGGCUUCCAGAUGAGAAUAGAUGGAGUUACCUGUCAAGACAUUGACGAAUGUCAAACUGGUAGACAUAACUGCAGCCCCGGACAGGUUUGCCUCAACACUGACGGCUCGUUUCAUUGUAAACCCAGGUGCGGUACUGGCUAUGUCCUGGCAGCUGAAAACCAUUGUGAAGACAUUGAUGAGUGUGCUUUUGGGACCCACGACUGUGAAGCAAACUUUGUUUGCCUCAACACACCGGGGUCUUUCCACUGCGAGCCAAAGAGCGUGUGCAAAGAUGGUUUCGUUCAGGACUCCACUGGCAGUUGCGUCGAUAUAAAUGAGUGCCUGACCCGGACCGACGCGUGCCAACCCGACCAGUUCUGCAUUAAUUCAGAAGGCUCCUACACCUGCCGCAGUAGCACAGACGACUGUAAACACGGCUACCAGCUAACUCCGGAUGGCUCUCGCUGUGAAGACGUUAACGAGUGUCUGACCAGCAGUCAUAACUGUGCUCCUGGAGAAAUUUGCCUGAACACAGAGGGCUCCUUCCACUGUCAGUCCAACUGCGCCCCUGGAUUCCACUUUACUCCUGAAAACAAGUGCAAAGACAUCGACGAGUGUGCUCUGUGGACUCAUAACUGCGAAGCAAACUUCGUCUGCAUCAACACAGUGGGUUCUUACCGCUGCCAGCCCAAACAAGGCUGUGAAGACGGGUACAUUCAGGACUCUGCUGGGAACUGCAUCGACGUGGACGAGUGUCUCACAGGAAAUCUGUGCGGCAGCCGAGCGUGCGUCAACACGGAGGGCUCGUACCACUGCGAGUGUCAGAACGGCUUCAUGUACAGCAGGGUCUCCAAAAAGUGUGAAGAUAUCGACGAGUGUGCUCUUUGGACCAGUACCUGCGGACCAAACUUCUUAUGCGUCAACACUGACGGUUCUUUCCUGUGCCAUCCGAACAAAGCAUGCGGAGACGGUUAUAUUCUAGACUCUGCUGGCAAAUGCAUUGACGUUAACGAGUGUGUGACUCAUACCCACCCGUGCCGGCCCGGCCAGGCCUGCAUUAACACGGUGGGCUCGUUCUACUGUCGCAGUGUCGUAACUUCCUGUGCUCGAGGAUAUCAUCUGAAUUUCGACGGCACGCACUGUGAAGACGUGGACGAAUGUGUUCUGCUCAACGUGUGUGGCGGCCAUGGCACUUGUGUCAACACGGAGGGGUCGUACCGUUGUGAGUGCCAGAACGGCUUCACGUUCAACAGCAUCUCCAAGCUAUGCGAAGAUAUUAAUGAGUGCAGGCACUACACUGGGCGGCUGUGUGCACACAAGUGUGAGAACACAGAAGGCUCGUACCACUGCAGCUGCAUCAAAGGCUUUAAACUGGCGGAAAACGGCAAGAACUGUGAAGACGUCGAUGAAUGUGAGGCCAAUCCGUGCAGCCAAGAGUGCGCCAACGUCUAUGGCUCCUACCAGUGCUACUGUCGCCGUGGUUACGAGCUCAACGACAUUGAUGGGACAACUUGUGAAGAUAUUGACGAAUGCACGAUACCUAACGUCUGCUCGUACCGCUGCAUCAACACGGUGGGAGGCUUCAACUGCACCUGCCCGUCCAGCGGCUACACGCUCGGCCCAGAUGGACGCUCCUGUCAAGACGUGGAUGAAUGCGCAACAGGAACUCAUACCUGCUCCGCCUCCGAGAGCUGCUUCAAUAUUCAGGGAGGAUUUCGCUGUUUGUACUUUGAUUGUCCUCCAAAUUUCAGGCGAGCGACAAGCGGGUCUGAAAGCGAAACCUCGAUUUUCGUCCGUUGCAUUAAAUCCUGCAAGCGCCACGACACCGACUGUGCUAACGACCCGGUCCUGGUCAUCACCUCCACCGUCCUCUCUUUACCAACUCUGAGAAAGUUGGAGGAACCAGAAGACAUCGCCGUGCUCCGCACAGCAGCUGCAGCAAAACCAGAUCCCCUUCCCGACGAGCCGCAAGUUUACUUUGACAUCCAGGCCACAGAUGAGCAGUACUCCUUUGACGUGGUGAAGCGCUCGCAGCACGGCAUGAUUCUCGGAGUGAUCCGGCAGGUGAAACCCAUCCUCGGCCCCAGGGAGCUGGUGUUGGAGGUCACUGUCAACUAUGUGCAGUCAGGGGUCAUUUCUCAACAGAACAUCGUCAUCAUUCAUGUCUACAUCUCCGAACUGUGAUUCUACUUGUAGAAAUCUCUCAAAGUCGAUUGCUGGAAAAAAGAAGCCUUAAAUGCGCACUGUUAAACUCUCAAAGCUGUGAGAUGAUUCUAUACAUUUUUUUAUAAAAGGAAGCAUGCAAUCAUAGAUUCCCCAUGUUUUAAAACAAAUAAAUAAAACAAAAAGAGUAAUAUUUUGUAAAUAAAUGAAGGUCAGUUUGGUGGCUUUGUAAAACAUUUAAACAGCUUUUUUAAGGGAUGGGAUUUUAUACAUAUAGUUCUGGCUACUCAUGAAUAUUUCUGCUCACACUUUUUUAUUUUAAUUUUUAUAGAAAAAAGAAAUGUAGAAGAUACACACACAUGUACACAUUUUUUUAAACAGUUCUUUGUGUUGGUGACAAAGAAGAAAAUGGAUCUGUCAUUA